GAGUGCCUCAGCAAUGGAUCGCAGUCGUCACAAAGUCAGGUCUCGCAGUGGUCAAUGCAAACCCAAGGAAGAUGUCUUCGACAACAAUCAGGGCCCUUUCCUCAAUCACCGCUCGACCAUCUCGCUUCCAAUAUACCAACACCCCAAAGAAGGAAACCCCUCAAUACCUUCGAGCACGAUAGCCUAGAGUUACAAUCAUUCAAGCAAAAGGUCGACCGAAAUCUCUUCUCGUACAAUCCGGAUGAUUCCUGGAUAUGGGAGAUUGUAUCUGCCGCUCUGAGUGUUACUGGCUUCGCUCUCCUCGGCGGCUUCCUUUUGAGAAUUCAGCAUAGUAGAUACCCUUCCUGGAAUCAAGCCAUUUCGCCAAAUACGGUUCUACCCAUCAUUAUUACAGUUACCGGAGGAGUCAUGCUAGUUCCUGUGUCAUCAUGUCUCAGCCAGCUGAAAUGGAAUCAGUAUCAUAAGCCAACUCCACUCUACAACAUGCAAGCUAUCGAUCAGGCGAGUCGGGAGCCAUGGGGCUCCUUUCAACUGCUCUGGAGAAGCUCUAAAAAUCCUAAAAUAGAGUCUCUGGAUCACGGUAUUAGCACUUGCUAUAGGCCCGUCUACACAGCAAAUAUUGGCUUUUCCUGUGCAUACCUUUCGAGUUACCAAUGGAUUCGCAGAUUCAAGCCAUGCACGGUUAUGUUUCCUCGAAAAAAUGUGACAACAUUGAUGCUGAAGCUUUCACUCACGGAAUGCACUGUGUAUUACCGUAAAAAGCAAUAUUCAUCAAGCUCUCUCUUUCAAGGGAAACAAGCGAACUACUCUGUCAACAUCUCUAAUACCCAGCCUCUUGUUCCCUUCAACUCCUGGAGUUCUUCCGACACUGUGGGCUCCUCAGUAGUCAUACGAUUCGGACCGCCAAAUGGUAAGGCCACUUUAUCCGAGAAUGUAUCCCCCACCCCCUUUGAAGAGAAGAAUACGGGUCUAACAAGGCUUUUCUACACUAAUGGUACCAAUUCAUCACUCGAGUCUCUCCCAAAUUCUUUGACAGAUGCUAUGCGGGAAAACUCACAAGCCUUUGCCAUUCCCAGGGAGGCCUUCAUCGAUGUACGCUCAGUCAUCUCAUUACUGGCACUCCAACUCGAGACUUUACCUGAAUAUGACAUUGGGACUUCGCAGAAUGUGGACGAAAUGCAUCAGUAUCCAAAAGAGGUCGAUGUGAGAAUAGAUCGGCAUAAAGGGCAUCUUUCCUUUACUGAGAAGGCAGAUAAUAAGUUGGCGGACUUGAUUCUAGAAAGCCUCAAUGACCCCGAAGUUAUGUCUUUUAGCAGGAGGGGGAUUGCAAACAUAGUUACUUUGUUAUGCACCAGUUGCUGA